AUUGAACCGGUCGAUCCGAAGAAUUAGGCAUUUCAGUACAAAUUUGUAACAUCGGAAUUCCAAGCCUACUGUUUAGUUCAGCACCCGUCAAUCAUUCUUUGCAACCACUCAGAGGAAACAAAGGCGUGACACUUAACAGCGUCGCCAGGCCAAUUGGUAGAAAUCAAACGAAUCAGUUUCCAUCUUCUUGCUCAAGUUGCUUUCAAAACUUUACGGGGAAAGCGUCAAUGUUAGUAGCGAGCUAACUUGCGUGUGGACGAAGAGACAUGGAACAGGUAACGUUGACUCAAAAGUGUUGCAGGAACAGACCGAGUGGGACGCAGUCAACCGACACCUCCAGCAUCAUGGCUUCAAGCCCGUUCACUUCACUGACCCAAUGGAGAACAGGAACCCUGCUGAUUUGGUUCUUCUGGAGAAGAAGGCUGCCUCGGAGAUCAGACAGAUGCUGAAGACGAUGGUGACAGAUUCUGAGCGCAGACAAGCCUUGAUCCAGGAGCUCAUCCAGUCCAACGGCCAGUUAAAGGAGGAGGUCCAGCAGCAGCAGGCCAGGACAGCACAGCAGGCCCAGAGAGCCUCUGAGCUCCAGGGACUCCUGGAUAAGGUCAAGGCCAAAGUCCAGGAGCUGGAAGACAGCUACAUCAGCAAGGCCGCGCAGCAGAACGUCCAGGUCAAACAGCUGAUGCAGGACAAGAGCGAGGCUGAGAAGCAGCGCCAGGCCCUCGAGCAGAAGCUGACCAUGGAGAAGGAGGUCAUUGCCCAGCUUCAGCGGAAGCUCUACUUUGCCGUCAAAGAGGAGGAGCGUCGGGUGGCCCGGCAGAACCAAGUCUUCCAGCAGAUCCGCAAAAGGUCCGCCCGGGCCAACUCACCCACGGACCAGCAGGUCAUGGACAUUAUAGAUGUGUACGAGGCCCAGAUGCAGGAACUGCGCACAGAACUGAAGGCACAGGAUGGAGACCAAGGAAGAAAAGGCCAGGCUGACCCACAACUGGACAACCGUGCAUCAGAUGCUUCUUCUAAAAAAGCUCUGCUGAAGUCCUACCAAGACCAGCUGAAGGAGACUAAGGCACAGAAGGAGGAACUGAGGGGCGAAAUCCAGCGUCUGAAGCAGGAUCUAGAGUCCAGGCCCACUGUGAAGGAGCUCAAGUCGUACAAACACCAGCUGAAACGCAUGGAAAGGAUCGUCCAGCAGAGCAAGUCGGCCACUGUGGAGGAGGGCAACACGGUCGUAGUUAAUACAGAGGUGGAGAACCUGGAGCGCCUCCCUGCUCCUGCCUGCAGGACGUACCUCAAGAGUGCCUGUAAGGAGCUGGAUGUGCAGGAUGUGAGCCACCUGGUUCCGGCCCUGAAACUACGAGCACGGCGGGCAGAAUCCUCUCUCCAACUCGUCAGGAUCCUCAGCGCCAUUAAGACCACCCUGUGCAACCCCCGGGCUCCACUGCAGCUGCACAGGCAGAGGCCCUGCCGCAGUUCGCCCAAUGAGGACGCAGAGGGGGCGGAGUUUGAGGAGCUCCUCCCAACUGUAGAGAUAUGGGCGGAGCAGCUGUUUUCGCUGAAGGAGCUUCACUGCGCCCUGAGGAAGCUGGUGCAGAGGCUGUUACCCUGGCAGCCAGCAGGGGGCGCCGUCAGCCCCACAGACGGUGUGCGCGUGGAGGAGCUUCUGCUGAUGGUGGACACCCUGCUGGAGGAGACGGAGAAAAGCAACCCCAAGGAGGUCCGGAGCCCCACUAAGAACUCCCUGAGGUCCAUGGUGUCGCACUUCCAGAAGCUUUUUGAUGUCCCUUCCCUCAGCGGAGUGUACCCUCGCAUGAACGAGGUCUACACCAAGCUGGGAGAGAUGACCAACGCCAUGAGGAACCUUCGGGACGUCCUGCAACUCGAUGACAGAGCGCCCCCUAGUGAGGUGGUGAAUCAGGUGGCAAAUCAGGUGGCAAGGUUUUCUUCUUCAACAAGUUUUAACCACCAGGAGCUGCAAAGCCUGCUGGGAACCAGUGACAUUGACAGCAUCAUCCUAAAGCUGGAGGAGCAUGCAGAGUUUUUUCCUGCAUUCCACACAAUGGUCCAGGAGCUGCUGCACAAUCUAGGUGUCCGUGACUUGGAUGACAUUGUACCUGCUGUGUGUGAACUGCAAUCACGGGCCAACUGAUGCUUUUCAAAGGAUAUUUGGUCCUGAACCUUCAGAUGUUAAUAGUUGCGUCUACUGUAACAUUUUAAUAAUGAGUUUAAUAAUGAAUAAUAAGAUAUUAAUUUUAAUGUAUAUUUUUAAAUGAUUGUGUACCAUACAAUUAGGACUCAUUUAUACUACUGGUAUAAAUAAACCUGUAAAUAUCCAAUUUUAAAUGUCAAUAAAUCACAAAAGCAAUGUUUUUUAA